CAGGUUUGCGAACAUGCGCAUCUUGCAAAAAUAUUCUCUCCGUUUUUAAAAAUCGAAAAUCGAAUUGUCCAUAGAAACUUAACAUAUUCUCUCACAUAUACUUUGUUACAAUACUAAAUCCUAUUUUUCCCACAGGGGUUGAACCUUUGAUCUGAAAACCAACCACAAAACAGACGGCCUGAAGAUGAUGCUGAGUCCUGACCAGCCAGACGUUGACCUGCCCUGGGGGCAGCCCGACACAGAGACCCUGCUGAACAGCAUCAAGAUGGAGUGCGCCCCCCUGCCCGCGGAGCCCGCAGAGGGCGAAGGCAAGGCGCGCUCUCUGUCCAUUCCUUCCCUCAGCAGGGAGGAGAAGAGGAGGCGGAGGCGCGCUACAGCCAAGUACCGGUCCGCGCACGCAACAAGAGAGCGCAUUCGCGUCGAGGCUUUCAACGUUGGGUUCGCCGAGCUGAGGAAGCUUCUCCCGACACUUCCGCCAGACAAGAAGCUGUCCAAGAUUGAGAUACUCCGGCUCGCAAUCUGCUACAUCACCUACCUCAACCAUGUACUGGAUGUGUAGGUCAUCAGUCAAGGAUGGACACCGUCAGUGAAGGAGAGAAGAAGACUGAAGAUGGAGACUGGGUAGGGUGGACUGCAUACGAAUGCUUGAUAGACAUUGUUGACACAUAUCUGGCCUGGGAGCACUGCUGUGCCUGUAGUGUGUGCCCAAGUGCCCUGUGUGCUGCCACUCUAGGCCAGAGUCACACAGUAAAACAGGACCUAAUGUCUUUCUCUUUCUCAGUGUUGUGAAGGAAAGAAACUACUGCCCCACUGGACUUACCCACAGACUUACCCAAUCGAAUCCAAAUUUGCAGUGUCAGAAAACGCAAUAAUGUCGGGUGAUCCUACUUCUUAUAGGUUUAUUAGCCUAGUAUUGAAAAGCUGUCCUGUUAGCCAAUACUAGCCAUGGCGAAACUUCUCUCCGGACAGGGCUGAUUUAAAAGAUCUGUAGCUGUAGAGAUUCGCUGAAAUCAGUGAUGAAGUUCAAAGUAGAAUAUAAGUGCCACUUAUUUACAGAUAUGAUAUGUUGUAUAUUAUAUUCGUUAUUUGUUUUUGUAUUAGGCUUAGUAAGUUAUGUAUUUAACAAUUCAUGUUUACAUUGUAAUGUCUUAUGUCUGGUGUUUGCACAUACAUAUUUAUUUGUAAUAUAUAUAACAAUUAUUUAUACUCUGACAACAGAACGAAUACUGUUGCUCUUUAUUGCACUUUUUAAACGGAUUUUAUCUAUUAAAAAUUUCCCAAAAUGUUUUUGAAAUCCCUGUUAAAUCCAGAGGUUGCAAGUGAGAUUGCAGUGUUUUGUUUGGUAGGGUGAGACACAGUUUCAGCUUUAGGCCUACAAUUUCAUUAUUAGCUUUUUCGAUUGUCCAGAAGUUUGUUGGUUUCAUGUUCAGCUUUUAAGGACAUUUAAAAAAAAAAAUUCUGUGACAAACUCCAUAGUUUACUUUAGCCAAUACCUGCUUUCCAAAGAUUGCUUAACAUUUCAGGGUGUCCUUUUGUAGUAUGCCAUAUAUAU